CGGAACUUUUGUCAGCAGGAACCGGUGUACGCAGCUCAGUGUUGUCGGCCGGCGUCUAGGCGACGAGGGUGCUGGUCUCUUCCUCUGGCUGCGGUCGCUGUGGAGCUCAGCCCUGCCAGUCUGGUUGAGGUGCACGGCCGCCUGGACUGGGUCUAUGGUCGCUCCGUGGGCCGCUCUGCCGGCUGGUGCUUUUGUAGCAGGGCAAGCAGAGGUCCAUGGCAGGCAACUUCUGGCAGAGCUCCCACUAUUUGCAGUGGAUUUUGGAUAAACAAGAUCUGUUGAAAGAGCGCCAGAAAGACUUAAAGUUUCUCUCAGAAGAAGAGUAUUGGAAGUUACAAAUAUUUUUUACAAAUGUUAUCCAAGCAUUAGGUGAACAUCUUAAAUUAAGACAACAAGUUAUUGCUACUGCUACAGUCUAUUUCAAGAGAUUCUAUGCCAGGUAUUCUCUGAAAAGUAUAGAUCCUGUAUUAAUGGCUCCAACAUGUGUGUUUCUGGCAUCCAAAGUAGAGGAAUUUGGUGUAGUCUCAAAUACAAGAUUGAUCGCUGCUACUACUUCUGUAUUAAAAACUAGAUUUUCAUAUGCUUUUCCAAAGGAAUUUCCUUACAGGAUGAAUCAUAUACUAGAAUGUGAAUUUUACCUUUUAGAAUUAAUGGAUUGUUGCUUGAUAGUGUAUCAUCCUUAUAGACCUUUGCUCCAGUAUGUGCAGGACAUGGGCCAAGAAGACGUGUUGCUUCCGCUUGCAUGGAGGAUAGUGAAUGAUACCUACAGGACGGAUCUUUGUCUGCUGUAUCCUCCUUUCAUGAUAGCUUUAGCUUGCCUACAUGUAGCCUGUGUUGUACAACAGAAAGAUGCUAGGCAAUGGUUUGCGGAACUCUCUGUGGAUAUGGAGAAGAUUUUGGAAAUAAUCAGGGUUAUUUUAAAACUAUAUGAGCAGUGGAAGAAUUUUGAUGAGAGAAAAGAGAUGGCAACUAUUCUUAGUAAGAUGCCAAAACCAAAACCACCUCCAAACAGAAGCUCCCUGAGUGAUUCUCCACUAAUGGCAGGGCCCGAGGCUGCAAGAUGACGGUGGACAAGAUAAGGCAUCUCCGUUGUCACAGCUGCUGGUACUUUCAGCGUUAGUUCUUUUGAUUUUUAUUUUAAUAGUCAACAUUUUUCUAGGAAAUUACCAUAUUUUUGAUGUAUAAAAGUUUGUCUUUACCAUAUGAUUUUAUUAUGUCAUUGGACAGCAGGUUGUUGUUGGUGUUUUUGUUUUUGAAAAACACUUUGGAUUUUCCUAAAGAGUAAAAGUAGAGUUUUACAUGUCAGAUUUAACUUUGUAGGAAAUUUGUCCAGAAGUUGUAAUCUCUAUGUUGAGUGAUACCUGUAAUAAUAGUGAAAUCUCAAUGCUAACUUAAGUCUUUGAGUGUAUAUGAACACUAACUUCCAGACUGCUUGUUGUGUAUGAGGGCCCAAAGUUACAGAAGAAUAAAAACAUAAUACCAAAUGCUA